GGAAGCCGAGGUGGCGCUCGGUCUGGCCUCCCUGGAGGCUGAUGUGGUUGUUUUGCCCGUCCGUGGGUGCCCUUACCGGACUCUGUAAGCCAGGCUGGCGGCGAAUGGAAUCGAGGACUCGCGCGGAGGCAGGAUGCUUCCAGCUGGCGAGAUAGGCAGGGUGUCGGCAGCCCCGUGCUGCCCCGAAAGCGGUGACGAAAUGAAGAACACAGAGGAGAAAAGUGACAUGAACAUUGCAGCUCUUGUUGGAAGCGAAAAACCCAUGCAAGGUAGAGAUAACGAUGAGCUUCCCCUGAAUGUGUCUGCAUUCAUAGAAAAGGAAGUGGGAAGUGACCUGAAAUCUUUAAAGAAACUUGGCAAACUCAUAGAACAGAUGACAGAAAAUAAAAUGAAGUUACAAGAACAGGUACUUGCAAUUUCGUCAGAAAUCCCUAAAAGAAUUCAAAGUGCUUUAAAAGAUGCAGAAGUAUCCAGACACGUUCUUAGUCAGUUUCUGGAGCAGGAAACUCCUCUCUUCAGCUCCAUCACCAGCCAUUUGCUGACUGCACAGCCCUGGAUGGACGACCUUAGUGCCAUGAUCAGCCAGAUAGAAGAGAUCGAGCAGCAUCUCACGUACCUUAAGUGGGUUUCCCAGAUCGAAGAGCUAAGUGAUAACAUUCAGCAAUACCUGAUGACCAAUAAUGUGCCAGAGGCAGCCUCUAUCCUGGUGACCAUGACAGAAGUUGACAUCAAGCUUCAGGAGUCAUCUUGUACUCAUCUUCUUAGUUUCGUGAGAGCGACAGUUAAAUUCUGGCAUAAAAUUCUCAAGGACAAGCUUACCAGUGAUUUUGAGGAAAUUUUAGCACAGCUUCAUUGGCCGUUCAUCACACACACCCAGUCUCAGACUGUUGGCAUAAGCCGGCCUGCUGGUGCGCCUGAGGUGUAUGGUACCCUGGAGACCCUGUUUUGUCAACUGUUGAAACUUCAAGCCUCAGAUGAAUUAUUAACUGAGCCAAAACAACUCCCAGAAAAAUAUUCUCUUCCUCCAUGCCCUUCUGUGAUCUUGCCCAUCCAGAUCAUGCUGACUCCCCUUCAGAAGAGAUUCAGGUACCACUUCAGAGGAAGCCGGCAGACGAACGUCAUCAGCAAGCCUGAAUGGUACUUGACUCAGGUACUCAUAUGGAUUGGAAACCAUGCUCACUUUCUGGAUGAGAAGAUUCAGCCAAUAUUGGAUAAAGCAGGCUCUGUAGUAAAUGCCAGGCUCGAGUUUUCCCGGGGCCUUGUGAUGCUUGUCCUUGAGAAGCUGGCUUCCGAUAUACCUUGCCUGCUCUAUGAUGACAAUCUCUUCUGCCAUUUGGUGGAUGAGGUGUUGUUGUUUGAGAGGGAGCUGCACAGUGUUCAUGGCUAUCCUAGCACUUUUGCCAGUUGUAUGCAUAUUCUGUCAGAGGAAACCUGUUUUCAGAGAUGGUUGACUGUGGAGAGAAAAUUUGCUCUUCAAAAAAUGGACUCGAUGCUUUCAUCAGAGGCUGCUUGGGUAUCUCAAUAUAAAGACAUCACUGAUGUGGAUGAAAUGAAGGUUCCAGACUGUGCAGAAGUUUUUAUGACUUUACUUUUGGUUAUAACUGACAGGUAUAAAAAUCUUCCCACAGCUUCCCGAAAGCUGCAGUUCCUGGAAUUACAGAAAGAUCUAGUCGAUGAUUUUAGGAUACGAUUAACGCAGGUCAUGAAAGAAGAGACCAGAGCUUCACUUGACUUCCGGUACUGUGCAAUUCUUAAUGCUGUGAACUACAUCUCAACAGUGCUGGCAGAUUGGGCUGACAAUGUUUUCUUCCUGCAGCUUCAGCAGGCAGCGCUGGAGGUCUUUGCAGAGAAUAACGCCCUCAGUAAGCUGCAGCUGGGACAGCUGGCCUCCAUGGAGAGCUCUGUCUUUGAUGACAUGAUUAACCUCUUGGAGCGUUUAAAGCUUGAUAUGUUGACUCGCCAAGUGGACCACGUUUUUAGAGAAGUGAAAGAUGCCGCAAAGUUGUAUAAGAAGGAAAGAUGGUUGUCCCUGCCAUCACAGUCUGAACAGGCAGUGAUGUCCCUGUCCAGCUCAGCCUGCCCACUCUUGCUGACCUUGCGGGAUCAUCUGCUUCAGCUGGAGCAGCAGCUUUGUUUCUCCUUAUUCCGGAUUUUCUGGCAGAUACUUGUAGAGAAGCUGGAUACAUACAUCUAUCAGGAGAUAAUCCUUGCUAAUCAUUUCAACGAAGGAGGAGCAGCCCAGUUGCAGUUCGAUAUGACACGGAAUCUUUUCCCUUUGUUUUCUCACUAUUGCAAGAGACCAGAAAACUACUUUAAACAUGUAAAAGAAGCCUGCAUUGUUCUGAAUUUGAACAUUGGUUCUGCAUUACUCCUGAAAGAUGUCCUGCAGUCAGCUUCCGAGCAUGUUCCUGCCACAGCAGCCUUAAAUGAAGUUGGAAUUUACAAACUGGCUCAGCAGGAUGUUGAGAUUUUGCUCAGUUUGAGGACAAACUGGCCUAACACUGGGAAAUAAUGUCUCUUUAAGAAAAGGGCUAUUUAACAAAGAAAACAGUUGGAUUGAAGUUGUCUGCUAAAAGUUCUGAAUUAAUGAGACUGGACAAAUGAAAACUUGGUAGAAUCAUUUAUUAUCUUGAGUUAUGAUGUCACCAAAGCAAUGAACAUGCUUCCUCCGUCCUCCUGCUCCUAAGAAAACAAAGAACGGAAAACUCAGCUAUGAGAAGCAGAGUAAUUACAAAUUAGAAUUACAGAUAGGCAUGCAGACAUCUGAAGGCAGCGUGAGAGCAAAGGCCAGCCAUAACUGACCUCCACUUUGCUAAAGCCGGACACACCCAGUACAUUGUAGAAAUACUAAGUUACGAAUGUAUGUUGAUAAUUGAGGUUCCUGUAUCCAGUUUGGGAUUUUACCAUGUUUAUAUGAGAAAUGCACAGUGCGUUGGGAGUGGUAGAAGACACCUAUAAUCUCAGGAGGAUCACUGUGUGUUUAAGACUCGCCUGGGCAACAUAGAUUCUGUCUCACCAGAGAAAAACAAAACAAAGCAAACCACACCACCCCCAAACCAACAACACAACAGUUUUAUGAGAUGGUGGUUAAGCUAUAGUUGUUCCUAAUUUUCAAUUCUCAUGUCCUUUCAAUUAAAGUAUUUGUUGUAUUUGUGUGUGCGUU